AUGAGAGUACCGCAGAUGACAAGGGUCAUCCAUGACUCGGGAGAAGGCAUGCAGAAAGAUGCACUUGACAUGGUAUCCUCUGAUGUUAACUUCCCCAAGGGCCACUUUCCAGACUACAGGAUUGGGCCAAACAACCAAAUCAUUGACCCAGAGGAGACGCACGAGGUUGUGCCUUUGAAGGAGAUUGUUGCGAAAGAAACAACACAACUGCUAGAGCAGCGAAAGCGGCUGUCAGUGCGUGAUCUCAGGGAGAAGUUUGAGAAGGGUCUGUCUGGUGCCUCCAAGUUGUCUGAAGAGGCUAAGCGGCGUGAAGCAGCUUCCCUGGACAGGCAGGUUCUUCUGAAGAAGCUCAGAGAUGUUCUAGACACGCUGAAAGGCCGUGUGGCUGGUCGAAACAGAGAUGAUGCUGAUGAAGCUAUCUCGCUGGUGGAAGCACUAGCAGUUCAACUUACUCAAAGAGAAGGUGAAUUAAUUUAUGAGAAGGCUGAAGUAAAAAAGUUGGCUAGCUUCCUCAAGCAGGCUACUGAAGAUGCCCGAAAGGUAGCUGAAGAGGAAAGAGCUCUUGCACUCGCUGAAAUUGAAAAAUCUAGAGCUGCAAUAGAAAAAGUUGAGAAAGCGUUGCAGGAGCAGGAUUCAGCAUCAAGUAGCAGAGAGAAGGAGGAGAUAGAGGAACUUAGGAAAGAGAUUCGAGAGGCUAGACGAAUAAAAAUGCUACACCAGCCAAGCAAGGUAAUGGACAUGCAGUUUGAGCUUCAGGGACUGCGUACACUUAUAUCAGAAAAAACACAGCUUUGCAAUCAGUUAAAGAAAGAGCUUGCCAUGAUCAAGAGGCUUGAACAAGAUAGCUCUAAACUCUUUGAGCUUGAAGGUUCUGAUACUCUUGGAUCACAGUUCCGUAUUGUCCCUCGAGUUGAUGGUGCUCCAGACAUCUCAAGCUGUCCAGCUCAGUGGUACCGUGUAAUUUCCGGAGGCCACAGAGAGCUCGUAUCGGGUGCAACGAGACUUACUUAUGCUCCAGAGCCAUUUGAUGUUGGCCAAUUGUUGCAAGCAGAGAUAAUUUUGAAAGCAGAUAAAGUUACGGUUCAGACAGAUGGCCCUAUAAAUCAUGCUUCAGGACUGGAACAUUAUGUGGAAUCGCUAAUGAAAAGGGCGGAUAUUGAGUUCAAUGUGGUAGUAACCCAAAUGAAUGGGAAUGACUACGCAUCAAAAUCUGUCCAUGUAUUUCAUAUUGGAAAGCUGAGAGUGAAGCUUCGGAAAGGAAGGUCUACAAAAGCAAGGGAGUCAUAUUCCACCACAAUGAAGUUGUGUGGAAGCCGAGGUGGUGGUAAUGCUGCGGCCUGUGCAGUCUUCUGGCAAACUAGGAAAGGCCUAUCCUACACUCUAGCUUUCGAGACGGACAGGGAUAGGAAUGCCGCGAUUAUGCUUGCUCGGAAAUUUGCUUCCAGUUGCAACGUUGUUCUUGCUGGACCAGGCGAUCAAGUCCACGGUGGUGGCUGA